AUGAAUGGAAGAUCAGACGAAUUGGCAAAGUGGGCAGCAACAAAGAAUUACAACUCAAUGAGAAACAUCCCUCAUGAAAUCAAACGACGGCCUAGCUUCCAAGAAGAAAUUGAAGAAGGCGAAGUACUGAUAGUAGAAGGAGAAGAAACCUGGAUGACCCCCCUCACAGCAUACUUGGCUAAUGGAAUACUCCCCGAGGAUAGAAAGGAAGCCAAAAGAAUAGUGAUACUAUCAUCAAAGUUCGGAAUAUACAACGGCCAGCUGUACAAACGGUCAUUCACCCAUCCCUGGCUAAGAUGUGUGAACAAAGAAGAAGGAGAGUACAUCAUGAAAGAAUUACAUGAGGGGACCUGCGGAGCACAUGACGGAGCAUCAACACUGGUCAGGAAAGCCCUGCUACAAGGUUAUUAUUGGCCCACGAUGAAAGAACAAGCUACAACGCUAGUAAGGGGAUGCUGGCCUUGCCAGCAAUAUGCUUUGGUACCAAGAAAGCAAGCUUCAGAAAUGAAACCGAUCGGCAGUGCGUGGCCCUUCGCCCAGUGGGGUAUGGAUAUCCUAGGACCUCUCCCUUUGGCUACAGGACAACGGAAGUUCUUGGUAGUGGCAAUCGACCACUUCACUAAGUGGAUAGAAGCAGAACCACUGGUCUGGAAUACCGAAGGUGCUAAUCACAGACAAUGGAAAGCAGUUCGACUCGGCGAAAUUCAGAAAGUUCUGUGCCGAAUAUCAAAUCAAUUUGAGGUUCACCUCGGUUUAUCAUCCACAAUCAAAUGGGCAAACCGAAGUGGCCAACAGGAUUCUACUGGCCGGACUAAAAAGAAGAUUAGACGAAUACAAAGGAAGAUGGAGAUCGGCGCACCCACACCAAGGACAGAGGACAACCAGCUAAACCUAGAAGAAAACGAAGAAGAGCUCAGGAACAAUCUGGAUCUCCUGGUUGAAAAAAUCAACAGAUCAGAUAUCAGGAUGGAAGCCUACAGACAAAAGAUGGCCAAACAUUUCAACAGCCAUGUAAAGAAAAGAAAAUUCAAACUAGGCGACCUCGUCAUGCGGAAGACCGAAGUCAAAAAAGGAGAAGCAGGAAGCGGAAAACUGCAGCCAAACUGGGAAGGACCUUACACCAUCAGCGAGGUCAUUAUGGAAGGAACAUUUAAGCUCACUAACUCCAUGGGAAGAAUCAUACCAAGGACAUGGAACGCCAACAACUUGAGGAAGAUUUAG